AUGGAGCAGUCGCAGUCCAGCGAUCAACCAGAGGGGGGCAAGCAGAGGCAGGAAGAGAACAAGGAAGAGGAGGACCCUGUCGACGCACUGAACGAAAAACUGCGCACUGAAGCUGUAAUCGACAAGGUGGAGGCAGAGGCGGCGCAGGAGGCGGCAGCGCUCCCUCCCAUCCAAGGGCCGUGGCGAGCCGUCGGUGAGUGGAGAGGCCAGACAAUCUUGGAGAGCCCGGCGGAGCCCAUUCCGAUCGACAUGAAGGCGCUCGAUGCGUGGAAUCUCGAACGCCUGACGAAGCGGGCCACGGAGGGCGAUGCUGUCGCACAGUACCGUCUGGCCAAGGCGUACAUGAAGGGGAACCACGACGUGGCCCAGAGCGCAGAGAAUGCAGCUGGCUGGGCCGACAAGGCCGCCCGCCAGGGCCAUGCCGGCGCGCAGUUCCUCCUGGGCAAGAUGUACGCGGGCGGCUUCGGCGUGGAGCGGAACGCGGACGAAGUGCUGACGUGGUGGGCCAAGGCCGUUCGGCAGGGCAACAAGCAAGCCCAGUACCACCUGGGCCGCCUGUACGAAAGCGUUGGAGUCGUCACUACAGCCGCCCAGCUCACCGAGAAGGCCGCCAGCCAGGGGCAUCGCGAGGCUCAGUUCAGCCUCGGCCUCAUGUACAAGGAAGGUCGCAGCGUGGCGCAGAGCGACGAACUGGCCGUGGCCUGGUGGCGCAAGGCUGCCCACCAGGGCGAGUUCAACGCGCAGAGCCACUUGGGCUACAUGUACGAGAAGGGCCGCGGCGUCGAGCGCCCGAGCGACGUCGAGGCCGCGGCCUGGUACCGCAGGGCCGCCAUCCAAGGCCACAGCUCGGCCCAGUACAAUCUCGCUGGGCUAUGCCGCCAGGGCCGCGGCGUGGCUCAGAACAACAGCGAAGCCGCGACCUGGUACCUCCAAUCCGCUCGCCAGGGUCUGGCGCUCGCUCAGUUCCACCUGGGCUGCAUGUGCCACGACGGCGUGGGCGUGGCACAGAGCUACGAGGAGGCCGUGGCCUGGUGGAGCAAGGCCGCCCUUCAGGGUCACAUCGGCGCGCAGUACGAGCUGGGCUGCUUGUACAAGGCUGGCCGGGCUGGCGUGCCGCAGGACAUCGCCCUGGCGCGCAGGUGGCUGAGCGCGGCUGCGUCGAAGGGGUACCCCGAGGCUCAGGCCGAGCUGGCCUCCCUGCCCGAUGAGUCAUCCAUCCUGGAAGGGUCAGACGAGCGCAAAGCAACCGAAUGA